AAUGAACCCUCCACUUGGCUUCCAUGCGCUUUGGCCCCUCUGUCUAAGACAGAGUGACAGUGCCAUGGACUGAAUGGAACAGCGCGAAUCUGACCUUGCGAUCGUGUGCCGCUUGGCCCACGAGCACUUGAGCGAGGGAGCCAAAGGGAACGACGUUCUGAGGCGAUUGCCACGAGACUUUCGGAGUGGGGUUGACGAAAUUGUCAAGGACAUCCACACCAGCAUAGAAGUGCCGCCCUUGUUCGCAAACAGUGGUGGAACUCUGUCCUUCAUUUUCCGAAAGCUUGUGGGCUACCAGACGCAGCAAAACCAUCACCAACCUCCGGGUCGCCUACAGCGUUUCACAAGCUUCAGUGCUCGAGAAGCGAACACCUGUGACAACUUUCAUGCAAAGCGGGUUGUGUGUGAGCUGCUGAAGACCUGGGCUUGCUGCAGUCCGGGAGCUGCCAACGAUGACAGUAUCAAUCCUGAGGAGAUUGAUCCAUAUUUGAGUUUCCUGCGUCAUCUUAUGUACUACCACGACAGAUGGUCAGCCAAAUUGUGGGGCUCUGAUGCCUUUAUGGAAAUUAUGAUCCAGACCAUCCGAAAAUUGGAAAGCUUGAAGCGAGAUACAGCAGAUGCCAGGCAAAAAUACCUGCGGGUUUUGGAACAUAUUUACGAAGCAUCCAAUGAGCUUCUUGACCAUGCGUUGCGGGUGACUAUGCUGGUCGUCAGUGACCAGCAUGCAGAGUUUGAGCAGCUCGUGACGAAAGAAGGUCCGAUGACCUUGAAGCUUCUCAGUCAACGUGCAAGCGACAUACGGAACAACUCACAGUUCUGGUCCUCAGAUUUGGGCCAGGUUCUGCACUCAGCAUUGGUACGGGCAGAUCCACAACGCUUUAAACCCACUGGGACUGGAGACAUUGAAAAUGCUACGGCUGCUCGUGUUUGGAAUCUGUGGACAGACGAGCUUCGCACUGUCAAAAGGUACGAAUACUCAAGCGUGGAAGAAGCACGACUUGUCUUUGAGCAGUGCAGGUGCUGCACAGUCCUAGUCGGUCCAGAAGGCAAAAUGCAGGAGAAGAGUCUUGCAGCUGCUACCAGCCAGAUGCUCUCCAAGGUCUUGCAAGAGGACAGCACUCUUCGCGAACUCAAUCGCAGAGUCGAGCAAUCUCUAGGCUUGCAACGUGCAGCUCUGGGGCUGCCAUUCCAUGAAAAGGUCACUGCAAUUGAAGACUUUUUUGAACAAACUGAUUCGGCCAACGGAUCCGCAGAUGUGUCCGAAGCACCCAACUACUGGCACGAUGCAGUCAGCAAGGUGCGGGAUGCAUGGAUGGCAGGUCAAACUGAUGCAUCUGGUGUGGCUGAGCUUUUCCGUGGUGGCAAAAAGGUGAAGUGGAUCGAAGGUGUCUUUGAGAAAGAGUCGAAAUGCAGUGACUUCCCGACGAUCAUUCUGGACUUGAGCAAGACAUUUGCAGACUUGCUAUGCUGCCACAAGGAGGUAAUGUCAGCAGUCCGUGGCAUGAUCGGUGAAGGUGGCAGCAAAGAAGCGUUGGCGGCCAUCUAUGCUUUGCGACAGAGAAAUACAAUUACUGGGCAGUUGGAUGGGUGCAUGCAAAGAUUUAUGGCUAGUGCAAACCUUCUACACGGCUUUUACGAGCACAUGUUCUUUGAGAGCUUAGAAGGAAAUAAGAAGAUCAAAGGUCAGACUGCUCCUAUGCAGCGAUUGUACUUUGAAAGCAUUCGAUCUUGUGGCAAGAUUCGAGACGACAUUCUGACACAGUGGCACAAGCUGGGCCUUCAGGUCACUGAUGACAAUUUGGCAGAGGAGGCCAAGCGCAUUGAUAUGACCGAAAAGGCUGCAUUUUGCCAGCUCAUGGGUAUGCCAUCUCCAACUCUUGCUCUCACAGGUGGGUCUGCUGCCAAAGCGCAGCUUCAGCUGCCCGAUGCCGAAAAGGUUCAAAUGUCACAAUCUCCUCGCAGUGAUGCUGGAUCACCUGUCGAAUUGGCACCAGCACCGCUAGUUGAGGAGCUGAAGUCAAAGGACAAGGCCAAUGAGAGCAGCGAAUCUGGAGAUGACUUGGCAGAAGUCUUUCGAUAGCCGAAGCAGUUGAUCAAUGUGGUGCUCCCCACGCUCCCCACCAUGUUCAAGGAUGAUCAAAAUGUCGCCAAUGCCGAAGAUGAAGACGAGAAAGAUCGGACAGAAAAGGAGUUUAAACUGAACUGCAUCUCAUCCAUCCUGAUAGGCAAUGUAGCACAUGCGAGAAUCAUC